AUGGCUCCCACCACCCACUCCGGGUGCUCGCCCGAACGUUUUGUCUAUCCAGGAUACCCGGACAUGCUGAUUGAGGGGGUGCACGUGUGGCACAUCAUGAGGGAUCCUACCGUCCAGAUCGAUUGGUUCCGUCAUACCAAAGAGAUCCGGGCUCAUUGCGCUCGGCAUCGCCUUAAUCUCGACAAUUAUCAGACCACGGGUAUCAAGGAGCUUCACGAUGCCCUGGGCAUCAACGCCUACGGCCAGGCUGUGUCGGAGCGCCUGGCCCCAAGCAUCAAAAGGGCGAUCAGAGAACAGCUCAUCUUCCUGGCCCGAAAAGCCAUCAUAACCAAUUUCAAACAGCCGGACGGCAGCUGGGCUGCAGCGUGGCCAGCGUAUACGAACGAGUGGCUAGGCCCAGAUUGGUCUGGCAGCCUCGAACCACCCAUGGUGAACGAAAGACAUGACGCACAACCCCAGAUUUUGACUUCCCAGUCGUACCCAGAGGGUCGCUACCUGAAAAGCAGGAACGCACUGCGUGUCAGUCGCACGCCCGCGGGAGUCUUUGCUGGCCCUCCACCACACGCCACAGACCCUCCCCUCAGAUCGGUCCCGGGCCACCUCGGCCCCGAUGCCGUUCCUCUCACACCGCAGCCUGUCGACCCAGAAGACACAGCACCGCAGGCAUCCAACCAGGGGAGAACCUGGGCCCGCAUGCCCACAUUCAAAUUCACCUUCUCUUCGCCGCAGGCUCAACCUCAGCAUCUGCCACUCACACAGAACCCGCCUUUCAUGCUUGAACGCCACAGCAAUACACCCCUCUCCCAACCAGUUAAACAGCCGGCGACAGUGACACCAACUGCGCCAACCAACCGGAUAUUCCAACCCGAGCCGCCAAGCCGCCCCACUAACAAGUGGUCCGAGGAAUCUGCGAGUCCCGUCCAGCCCCUCGAAGCCAUCCCAGGGUACCUGCAACGUCGCUCAUCCACGACAUCCUUGCCUGCCUCCCCACCGCCGUCGUCUCGGACAGGCCGGUUUCCCAAUGAUUUCCUGCAAUUAAUGGUGCCCAGGGAGGCCUAUCUGGCUAAACAGGCGCAACGGAGCCCACCGGAUCUCCCUGAGAUAUCUGCUCCCUACACCAGAAGUGCAGACCUCAGAACCCAAAUACUAGCCUUGGAACGGUUGCAAUUGGUGUGCCGGCUUCAAGGAUGGCCUUGUACCAAGACCGGGAGAGAAGAGGCACUCAAAGAUAGUAUUGAUUCCAUCCAAACGCUGCGUGCUCUCAAGCUAGAGGAGAUUGAAAACAACAACAACGCUUUCAGGGCGAAAGUGAGCAAGCAGACUCAGUAG